AUGGUCAGCACAGAAGAAGAAAAUAUGACUCAAGUUUCAGAAUUUAUCCUUUUGGGUUUGGGGGAUCUCCAUGGCCUUCAGUUUCUUCUUUUCGGGGUAUUUCUGGUCAUCUAUGUGAUGACUCUCAUAAGCAACAUUGUAAUCCUAACUGUGGUGUCAACUGAUCACUCCCUGCACACCCCUAUGUAUUUCUUUCUUGGCCACUUCUCCUGCUUAGAGAUUAGCUAUACCACUACCAUUGAGCCCACGAUGUUGAGGACAUUGCUAACAGCUCACGUACCUAUUUCUUUCCCAGGCUGUGCUUGCCAGUUUUAUUUUUUUGCUGCCUUGGUGGCUACAGAAUGCUUCUUCCUGGCUGUAAUGUCUUAUGAUCGCUACAUAGCCAUCUGUAACCCGUUGCAUUACUCCACCAUUAUGGACCACUGUGGUUGCUUACAGCUAGCUGGUGCCUCUUGGGUGGCUGGAUUUGUGGCACCUAUUCUUCUCAUGGUCUUCAUUUUUCGGUUAACAUUCUGUGCUGCCAAUGAGAUUGACCACUUCUUCUGUGAUUUGAAGCCCAUCAUGAAACUGGCCUGCACUGAUACUCAAGUAGCUGAGAUUAUCUCUUUUAUAUGCACCUCUUUAUUUGCCCUUGGCCCCUUCCUGCUAAAUCUGGCUUCUUAUACUUGCAUCAUCUCCACCAUUCUGAGAAUUCCUUCUAUCACAGGGAAGCAGAGGGCCUUCUCCACUUGUUCCUCCCAUCUGACAGUGGUCUGUCUGUAUUAUGGGACACUGGGCAUUGUCUAUGGCUUUCCAUCAGGGCCUCAGGAUGAAGACUUACUGAAGUUGCUUUCCCUUUUGUAUACAGUGCUUACCCCUGCGCUCAACCCUAUUAUUUACACCCUAAGGAACAAGGAUGUAAAGGUAGCUCUGAGAAAAUUGGUGCGUUGA